AUGAUAUCAAGCCCCGAUGUGACAGCAGAAGAUGUGGUCUCUUGCGCCGCCCACGCGUUCCCGGGGAUGGACUUUCCGGACCUUCUUAAUGACUAUCGUAUAGUUCGUAAUACUUGGUUACUAUCUCUCGCCAUUCUACUUUACGACCAUGCUUUAACGUUGUCUUUGGAGUUUGACUAUGCAUGGCGUCGACGAUUCGACUGGACGCGAUUGCCAUUCUGGGUGAAUCGAUAUUGGCCCCUUGUUCAGCUAUUGUUUGGUAGCUUAGGUAUGUCGAACGCUGGUAAUGUUGCAACGCGGACAUUUAACAUUCCUGUUAGCUAUGAUGGCAAUACCGAGCACACAGCCUCAGUUGUGAGUCACUGGCUCGUUAUCUCGUCCCGCAACGUAAAGCUAGAUAUGCAUGACGACAGGUGUAGGUAUUGGCUGGUUUCCUUGCCGUACAUAAGCAUACCUACCUGCUCGUGUAUGAGCGCGAUCCUGGCAUCCAGAAUAUAUGCCAUGUAUGGCUGCAAUCGACAACUUCUGAAGAUAAUGGUCGUCACGUUCGGCCUGCAAGUCAUUUCCGACACCGUGGUCGGUGGGGUGGUUUUUGAUCGCCUCGGAGUUAUGCCGCUCCCCCCCUCGUAUACCGGGUGCAUUCCCUCUAAUAUCCAGUCUUGGUUCUGGGUAUAUUGGGUCCCAAAACUGGUAUUCCAGACAGGAGUGUUCGCAAUAACCGCUUUCAAAUUCGUGCAAGAGCUACUUGAUACCACCAAGACACCUCAUAUUAUGACUGUGCUUCUGCGUGAUUCGGCUCUAUAUUUCAUUUGCUCGUGCUCCCUUGUAAUAGCCAAUCUAUACAUCUGGAAGACAAAGCCCUCGCUCUUUCUCGCCGCCAUACCUAUAACCACGGCGCUGAACUCUAUUAUGGGCUGCAGGAUGCUGUACAACAUUCAAGAGGCGUUUCAAGAGAUGUCUACUUUUUGCGUGUCUCAAGCACGCAUCUCGCCUCUGCCCUCUCAGUCUGCCCUGUCCAGAUCUGUCGCGAUGUCGUCGUUGUCGACUCAGAGUCGGAUAGACGAAGAUAAACCAUAA